AUGACCUUCUUCGCGCGCAUCUAUAGCCGGCGAGGUGAUCAGCAUCUGUUGUCACAGUCUGGAGGUAAACCUCAGGCAACCGUCCAGUAUACCUAUUUUCAGCUCCUCAACAUCCAAGUACGUCCGUCGAUCGACGGCCAAAUAUGGAGACUGUCAGAGGGCCUCACUGUCUCCACGACAUUGACGGCCGACCGACAGGCAAGUCCGCGCAACCGAAGCAAGCUACUUGCAUGCUUCGAGCGCCUCUCGUUAUCGCUCACCGCCCUCAAACGGCAGACGCACGAUCGUUUGCGAGCUUCCCCUACGGUACGGGCGCAGCCACCGACUCGCGGCAAUAUCUGGCGUUCGUUGACCCUGACCGCGCGAUACGCGCUUCCCCCGCUCUUGACUGGCGAUUUCCAAGUCCUACGAGUUCCCGCUCCCGCCCCUGCCUCCAGCUCUUAUCUGAAGCUAUUUUUUGCGCAGCGAGGCUGUGAAUGCGGCGGCGGCGGCAGUGGCGGCUGCGCAGGUCAAGCUCGGGGGUUGCGAGGGGCAGGAGAGAGCUUUGCUAGUGCAGAGCGGCGGAGGCGCAAUGCGCCCCACGGUUAUGGAUUCACCCCCGGAUGCAUCUGUACUCCCAUGACGCGAUAUCCGGACACUUGA